AUGAACAAUCACAACAAACAGUAUGUUUUGAUUUAGCUAUUUUCCUGUGCUUUUAGGUAAUAAAUGUGCAAAAAAGGAUAUUGAAGAUGUUUUCUGGACUGAAAAUGAAAUUUUAAACAGAAAAAAUCUUUUAUAAAGCUUUUAUCUUGUUUUUACUUAAUUAAUUCAAUUGCAAACAGUAUUUUUAAAUUUUCAAACGGUUUGCUUUCAAAAGCAACAAAUAGAACAUGGACAACAUCUUCAACAUGCUGUUUGGUCCCUUUUUACCUAAAAACACAAUAAAAAAACUAAAAUUAACUUAUCAGAGUAUGUAGAUUUUCCUGUAUUCCAUUUGUUAUGCGUCUUUUUUGAAUAGGUUUCGUAGAAAUGGUCCAAUAUAUUAUCCAUCACAAAAUUUGGCUAACGUUCUUUGGAAAAAAUGUGGAGAUUUUGGUGUAGGAGGCCGUUUAGAAACUGAAAAGAAGGUUAAUAAUGAAAGAAUAGGUAACAGUAAGGCUUUAUAUAUUAUGAAUAUUGUAAUAGAAAUAAAUUUAGGUAAGAUUUAUUGUGAUAAGAACAAAAAUAAUAGCAAAAACGCGGCCGAAAAGCUAAUUUUUUCUAUUUUUUCGUAAAUUUGACACUCCGCUUUUGAUUUUUUGACAUUUCGUGUUAGCUAACUUCUUGUUUUACUUUUUAUUCGUGCUCGCCUGUAUCUUAUCCUUGAUUUUUUUAAAUUCUAAUAAAUAUAGUUCUUCAGCAGCAUGGUAAAUCACUGUAUAUCCCAAACAGACAACCCUGAUCUAACAGAAGAACGCCAGAACUGCCAUUUCGAUACUCAUGCCUUGGCUGAUGUGCUUUAUGGAGGUCAUGACAAUGCGGAAAUUCGAAGGAAAAUCGACCGUUUUAUCGACUUAACUCCAGAAUUGAAGAAUAUAUCGACAGAUCUCAGUUUCAAGUCCAAAUUAGAAGGUAUGGAACAGACGUUCAGAAAUCAUGUCAUCUCGAGAAAAUAUUUGGACCAAAUUGUGCCUCAGGGGAACAAGUUUGCUUAUGAGUAUUAUAAACGGUAGGUUUUGGUUUUAUGUUGGUCGAUUUUUGAAAAAUUCAAGGUCUUUUAUUUUUCGAUGUUUUCUUUGACAUUUCGCAACAUUCCUUUAUUUCCAGCUGCACAGUCGGUUCAAACAGCGGUCCCGGCUAUCUAACAGAUGUUAUCGUGAUUCCACUGUUAGAAACAUGUUGUACAGAAGAACAACGUCGCCUUUUCCUCACACCAGCCCUAAGGUACGAACAUUACGGUGCAUAUGCUCAGACUGAACUUGGUCAUGGUACCAACACUGGUGCUUUACAAACAACUGCCACUUUUGACAAGACUACACAGACCUUUGUGCUUAAUACUCCAGAGCUAUCAGCUUACAAGUGGUGGCCAGGCAAUUUGGGUAAAGUGGCGUCAUGGUGUGUGGUUAUGGCCAAUUUGCUUACAAAUGGCAGAAACUAUGGGAUGCAUCCAUUCUACGUUCAAAUCAGAGAUUCUGAAUCUCAUCAGCCACUGCUUGGAGUCAAGGUUGGUGAGAUUGGUACGGCAUUUGGUCUGAGUGCUAAUGAUAAUGGUUACUUGGCGUUCGACAACUUUAGAGUACCAAAAGUGGCACUAUUGGCCAAACACUUUUAUGUUACUGAUCAAGGAGAAUAUGUUCAAGCUUGUCAUCCUAAGAUUGCGUAUGUUGGUAUGAUGUAUGUGAGGUGUGCUAUGAUUCAUGAGAUUAUGGGUGAAGCGUUGGCUGGAGCUGCUUGUAUUGCUGUUAGGUAUUCAUGUGUUAGGAGGCAAGGAAUGAUUGAGAAAAGGUAUGGUAAGAUUAAGGUCAAAGUUAAUGCAGUAUAAAAUGAUAUAUAGUAUAGUAUGGUAUUAUAUAGUAUUCUGUUGUAAGCUUGUUUACCUAAUUCUGUGCUCUUUAACUCUAAACAUUUGCUUUGCAAGGGAGCACAUAAUUAUUUGAACAACCUUGUAGUACAAUAUCCACAGUAUAAUAUAGCAUUGCAUAGAACUGUGAAGUAUAUUACAGUAUAUGUUACUAUAGUAUAUGAUAUUAUAUUAUAGUACGUGAUAGUACAGUAAAAUCCUUUACUUUCAGCCAACAAGAAGUCAAAAUAAUCGAUUAUCGUACUCAACAGUACCGAGUGUUUCCACAACUCUGUCGUGCAAUAUGUUUUACCUUUGCUGGCCAAAAGACAAUCCAAUUGUAUCAUCAAAUGAGGAUUGAAAUCAGCAAUGGCGUGGUAAGACAAUUUUUUAAACUUUUAUGUUGAUCUGCCUCUUCAUCUCUAUUUUCUUAGCCUACAUGUUUAUUUCAAUCUUAAUUUUACCAUUAUCUCUUAAAUUUCAGACCACUCUCAUGGAGCCUCUCCACGCUAUAACCAGUGGACUAAAAGCCGUUUGUUCCUACCAAGCCUCCAUUGGAAUUGAACAAUGCCGAAUGUCGUGUGGAGGUCACGGUUACUCUCACGCUAGCGGCUUACCAUCUUUGUAUCAAAGCACAGUCGGUGGAUGCACAUACGAAGGUGACAACAUAGUAAUGCUGCUUCAGUUAGCACGGUAUUUGAUGAAACGUGCUGGUGAGGUUGUUGUCAAUAAAAGGCCGAAGAACUUGUCAUCAAUGGAUAGGCAUUUGUUUGAAAGUGACAGAUAUUGUUGGUAUAACAAGAAGAAUGAGAGAGAACAGAGAGUCAGAGAAGCUUUGAAGUGUUUUGAACAUUUGAGUAGAGAAUUGACAUUGAAUGCAUAUAAGAAGUUGGCUGAGGAAUGUAAAAUUUGUUCGAAAGAGACUGCUUGGAACAAUGUGUCGGUUAGUCUGGUUAAGGUAUGUUUAUGUAAAGACUUUUGGGCUAAUAAUUAAACAAGAAGGCACAAAAAAGUUUAAAAAAGCGGCUAAAAAAGGUUUAAAAUUUAAUUUUUGAGUUUUUGAAACUUUUCUUAAGACAAACUAUCGAAAUUGAUAAGGUUUGAGCAUUAAAAUUUAAUUUUUUGAAAGAUUUUAAAAGUUCAAUGCCCCUUUUUUAAUUUAGGAAGCUCAAGAUACAAUUUUUAUCACUUAAACUUUGAAAACCUUGCCCUUACACAUCAAAAACUCUUACUUUUUAGACAUUAAACCUUAAAAAACUUCCUUAACAUCGUCUGAAAUUCAAAAUUGUAGUAGAAUGGUUUAAGAUAAUGCUCAUUCUCUUAAUUAAACUUUACAAACAGUACGUUCUUUGAUAAUACAGGACCGUUUUAGGCGGCACGAGCCUUUACAAGAGUCUAUUUGGCGGAAGCUUUUGUCAGCACAGUACAAGGAGUGUCUGAUAAGGAAGUGAAGGUUGCCUUGGAUGACUGUCUGGACGUUUAUUUGCACUACGAGAUACUGGAGUGUAGGGCUGAUUUGCUUGAAGUAAGAUAGUUUUACAAUCUUUACUUUGUUUUAAGUUAGCCUUAGUUUAGCUCUUGCUUUAGGCAUAGCCCAAAGCCCUUUCCUAGAGCCCUAGCCCAGAGCCCUAGCCCAGAGCCCUAGCUCAGAGCCCUGGCCUAGAUCCCUAGACAUAGACCUAUUCAUAGUCAUAGACCUAACCGUAGCCUGAGCUCAAGCAGCCAUAGUCCUGACCUAAAUCUUCUCCAGUCUUACCCUGCAUCUUUGCUACCCUUACCCAAACCCUACUAUAGCUUUAAACUAAGGUUAGCUUUGGCCCUAGCUUUAGGUUUAGUUUGAGCCUUAGCCUUGGCUCUAGCCUUACUCUUCUUAUCAUAAGCUUAUCAUUCUUUUACGGUACUGUAUUCUACCGAUUAAUUUACUCUAAUUUGCGAUACUCUUGCUUACGAUAACAUAUUUUGCUUUAUUUUAACGUAAUAUUAUUCUGAUUCCGCACCUUUACUUUUGACACAAGCCUUAGCUCUACUAUCUUUACUAUAAUAUUUAAAAAAUCUAAACUUUAAAAAUUUCAGACAAACUACGUAAACCCAAUAAUCCUAGAAGACGUGAGCACGGUGCUUCUCUCUUCUCUUCAACGUCUACGCUCGAACGCUGUGAAUAUAGUAGAUUCUUUCGAGUUUCACGACAGAGUUUUGAAUUCUCAAAUUGGCGCCAAAAACGGUCACGCUUAUCAGAAUUUGUUUGAUUGGGCACAGAAGUCUCCAUUGAAUCAGACUGAAGUUCUACCUUUUCAUCAAGAAACUCUUAGAGAACUAAUGAGGCAACAAAGACAUGAUAGAUUAGGUAGCAAGUUGUAG